AUGAGUAGCCGGGCCAAAGUUGCGACAUGCGUCAAUUGUCGCCAAAUGAAAGUGAGAUGCGACGCCAAAGAGCUUUUCCCUGCCGCGUGUUCGAGAUGUGGCAAAAAAGGAUUGAGAUGCUUCAUUGAUCCUUCGUUUCAAAGAACUGCUAAACGAAAGCGAGCAGAGGAAUUGGAGAAGGAGCUGAGAGAGAUCAAGGCUACUUCAUUUGCUUCCACUUCGAAUGCCAGUGCCGCACCAGAAGACAAUCUUCUGGGAUCUCCCACUGAACAACCACGAGCGUCUCUAGUCUCCAGCUCAGCGUACCCGGAAUAUAGCUCUGCUGUUCCAAGCUCAGCGUUUGUGACUCAACGAAUUGGCGAGAUAGAAGUCUCACCAGCCGCAAUAGCAGAAAUAAUUACGGCCUUCUUCUCAUUUUGCCAUGAAGACUUUCCGAUCUUACCGGAUCUGCUGUACUUUGUUCGAGGCUACAACCGAUGCAAAUUCCUUUUCUGGGUCGUUAUCGCUAUUGGCUCGAAGAGUACUGAGAAUCAUCAGCAGCUGUAUAUCCAAUUGCACCCUCAUAUCCGUCUUCUUGCUAGCGACUUGGAUGGGGCCGUUGAACAUGCCUUGGGGACCGUCCAGGCUCUUCUACUCCUUUGCUGGUGGCCUUUUCCAUUCCAGGCGACCCGAAAUGACCCAUCCUGGAGUUAUUCUGGCCUUGCGGUACAUACUGCAUUGAGGGCCGGGAUACACCGUCCUCAUCACUUCUCGGACUUCAUGUAUAAUGACCGUCUUGAUGACGCGGGAAUUCAGGCGUUCCGAAAGGCUUGGAUUGGCUGUUUCAUCGUGAACCAAUUGCUUGCAAGCGAAUUGGGUGUCCCAUCAACUGUCCCUGUAGACAAUACAAUUGCUUCUGCGUUAGACGGUCGGACCUCCAGCAGAUUACCCAAACAACUCGAACAACAUUUGAGAAUUGCUUACCACAGCUAUAACAUUUGCAACACAUUAGGAAACAGUGAUGCCACGACUUCGGGACUAGUCCACGGUAGCCUCGGAAUCAUCAAAAUUCUAGAAAAGGGACUGCAGGAGCUAGAGAUUGAACUCGCACCGGAUAUGACGACACAUACGGCUAUAGCCUUGCUCAGAGUCAAGCUUCAAUUGCAGUCAUUUGUGUUUACGGAUGACCAACUGGAUAGAAGUGAUCUCCGUAUCGAGAAUAGAGCGGCUGAUCAUCUAUCCAAGGUUGAAACAUACUCCACGAAAAUCAUAGACCUGGCAGCCCAAGCCGCCCCAGUUCGGUCAGCUCCUCAUAUUUGGACUAUCAUACUCAGGACGUCUGUUGUGUACGCUGCACAUAUACUACUUAGACUUCUUGCGUAUUCUGAGAACCUCGAUGGCGGUCUUAUCCAAAACUCUAUAGGCCAGGCCUGGAUGCUCUUCAACUCCCAGUCGGAACUGGAAAACGACAGCUGGGCGCGCCUCCGUGAGAUCAUCACCUACCUAAGUCGCAUAGGCACAAGUCAGAACACUCCUGGUGCUCCGUCCGUGAGAGCUAGGAUGUCGGCAAAUAUUGCCAUUGAGUCUAUUUGGCGAGCUCGCGGGCGAUUCAGCGAGGAGGUUCUCCGUGAGAGACCUAGCGACUACACCGAAGCUGAGGCUAUGAGAGACCUGAUGCGAUUUGGUCUUGAUCUCAUCAUUGGGGAUGACCCGUUUGAGGAAACUGACCCCACGUUACUUCAGGAGUCUCUGCUCCCAGUAGAUGACGAUUUCGAGGGGGCAUAA